GCCGCCCACUCUCACCUCGACGCCCACCUAGUGGCGUUCACGGCGCGGACGACGGGUGCUCUGUCCCUUACCAUAACCGCGUUCAAGAAUUAGCUGCUCGCAAUCUACGAUCUUAGUGUUCUCAGUGCUGUACUAAGGAUUGAGCGACUCAUGGCAAACGCAAGAGGAAAGAGGCCAGUCCGAGGGUCCGGCGGCAAGGUCUUGGUCCGAUGUUGGUUUUACGAAGGGGGGCGUGGAUCAGAAUGUCCAUCUCCGUCCAGUUGCCGUUACGUUAACCCAUGGGAACCGGAAUGGAACACGUGUCGAAGUGCGCAGAAGGCCAUUCGGUGCAAUAGGUUUGAUCUUGACGGCAACCCGAUACAUAAUGGAUGUCGUCAAGGCAAUGAAUGCAGGUUUUUGCAUCCAAGCGAUGCUGGUUGGAGCGACGCAACCACUGCAGCCUCCCUCACACCACCAGCACCACCAGCACCCGCGCCGGUACCCUCUUCAAGUUCAUCUUCAACUCCGAACAAGCCAGCCCCCCGCAGACAUUAUAAAAGAUGCCGUUAUUUCAAUGAAAAGGGUGAGCGUCGUUGGGGAGGCUGUAAAGCUGGACUUGCUUGCAGUUUCUUGCAUCCCAGCGAUCCAGGGUGGGCAAAUCUAGUCUCGCACCAAGCCGCUCGUUGCCAGAAUUACGAUGCCAAUGGAAAUCCGGUCCGCGGAGGAUGUCCUCACCUGACUUCAUGCGCCCAUAUCCAUCCAAACGAUCCGGAAUGGAAAGACAUCUUCAAACGCACCUACGUGGAUGACGACACGAUAGGCGAAUCUUCGCGUGCUCGAGGCCGUUCCACAUCACGUCGUCGAUUUGGCGAUGGGGUAUUUCAAAGACGUUUCCCCAGUCCUGAUCGUCCUUAUAGAAGACGCCGUUCUCCCAACCCGUUAAGUUACGGGCGUCAGCGAUCACCCUCCCCGAGUGCCACGAGCAGCCUUCGCUACAUGCGUGAACAUUCUCGAGAGCGAGAGAGAAGAUCUUCAAGUCCCCUUCUCAAUCAUCGCAGUUACUACCCACAAGAAUCGCGCUUUCGUUCUCCGCGGGAUAGAUCAUCACCUUUGACACCACGAUAUACCUAUUCCCCGCGAUAUCGCUCCAGAUCACCAUCUGCGAUUCUUCUUUCUCGUGAGAAUGACCAUCUGAGCAGCAGUGGAAUUAACUUGGAUGCUCCUGAGUUUACUAUAACAAAUCUGCAAAAUGAAGACUACUACGCGGCUGUUACACGGAGACUGAUUGGGGGCGAAAAUAUUCUUCAGCAGGCUGAAACGGAGUCGCGCAUAAUAGACAACGAACUGGUUUGGGAUGCGCUUAGAUCUCUCGCUGAACUUUUCCCCCACGAUCUGUCUAUGCUCAAUAUGGCCAAAUCCACCUAUAACCAUCUGAUCUCAAUGUCCGACACUGAAUACCAGAAUUCUGUUGAAGAUCUCAUCAAGAACAUGGUUACUCUACAAGCUGCUCUACAGCAAUAUCAUGAAUCAAAAGUGAAGGACGACGCGGAGCCAGCUCUACCCAUUGUACAUCGGCGCACUGUUGAACUCUACAAUAGAACGCAAAUGAUUGUUCCUUUGUUGAACUCUAUCAAGAAUUCAGUACUGCGGACUGCGCCCACCGAAAUGUCCGAAACAGAAACUGUGAAAGGUGACGCCAUGGAAGUCGAUGAACUGUCGCCCAAAAGUGCUGCCAGUCCGACAGCUUCUGGACCGGGUGGCUUCUGGAAUGCUUUGAAGAGCAUGCUGGGAUUUGGGUGAUGUUGGACCAGCUUGGCUGCGGUGGGAGGAGAUCUAAAUCGUUUGGGUUAGUAUGUAUUCCAACUGAGCGAUCUGGAUCGAGUACGGACCGCAGAGGAUGAUCGUUUCGAACACCCUGUCAGAUCUCACCGUGCUCCAUGGAGACCUAGAAAAUAG